AAAGGGAAAGCUUGACUUUUUGUAGUCAGUCUGUGGUUGCCAAUAAUGGGAGCUGCUCGGGUGAAGCGGAAUUUCAGUGCAGCUGUGGACACCCCUCUGGACGAGGAGGAAAUCAUGAGGCUGGCGCAGAGUGAUGAUGUCACUUCCUCCCAGUCAGGCACACUUCCUUCACCCAACUGCAAUGGCAAAGGGCUCAACCUUCACGAUAGCAAUGGAGGAAGGAGCGGAGAGAGGGAUGAUGAUGAUGAUGACGCGGAGGAUGACGAUGAUGAAGAAGGGGGAGGGAGGAGGGGAGGAGGAGGAGGGUGUGGCUCGGCGCUCGGGGGGGAGUCUGGGGCAGAAGGGAGGUGGGAGAGGAGCAAGAGAAAGUCCUCGUCUGCCCUCUCGCCUUCAACGCCCCACGAACGCCGCGGCCAGUCCCGCCGGCCCCGACGGCGCUUUGUAGGCAAGGACGGGCGCUGCAACGUCACCUUCGUCAACAUGAGCGAAAGGGGCCAGCGCUACCUCACCGACCUCUUCACCACCUGCGUGGACAUCCGCUGGCGCUGGAUGCUCGUGGUGUUCACCCUCUCCUUCUUGCUCUCCUGGCUUCUCUUUGGUUUCACGUUCUGGCUCAUCGCCGCCGCUCACGGGGAUCUGGCACCCCCGGCAUCAUCUUCCUCUUCUCCUUCGUCUGUUUCCUCCUCUCUGGCUCCUCUGGAACCAGUAGAGGAUUCCAGCCGAGUGGAGACGGUGGCAGGGACGGAGGAACGCUGCUUUCAGCAGGUGAACAGUUUCAUGGCCUCCUCUGUCCCUCCCUGCCCUGACCAGUUCUCUCCAUCCCCCUGUUCUUCCCCCUCUCCCUCACCCUCUUUCGUUUGGCCCACACCACCAUCUCGACAAGACUCCUGCAGUGAGCACCUACACAUACACUGAGCAAUGCGGCUGGGAUGAAAGGGCACGGGGGAAAGCAGCGGUCAAAGAAAGAAAGGGAGAAAGAAAGGGAAAGGGUCAGGAUGGAGGGAGGAGUUGGAACCGGGGGUAGGGAGAGAGAGAGAGAACCAGCAAAUGGACAAAGGCUGGAAAGACAGACUUGGACAGGGGACUAAGGCAAAGAGGACCAUAAAGGCACAGUUUAGGACUGAUUAAUGACAAUAGGUCAUGCUUAAGAUGGGCUGAGAAAAGACAGAAUGCACAAAAGAUGGAGAAUAGAGAAGGGAAAGGGGCCUCUCACCACCUGGGAGAAAAGAACGAAAGAGCAAUAUAGUGGGGUGAAUUCACUAAACGGUUGUGCCAGUGCAGUAUUUCUGCACGCAUCUUAUUUGCUAACCCAUUUGCUAAUUUGCUAAUUCCCUUGAUCUUUUGACAUAAUAUGAGAGGUCAUUGUACUAUAAAAACAUCCUGUAAGUUUAAGAACUCAAAACUUUCUCAUUCGUAUAAAAACAGCUUACUAAAGCCAAUAUUAAAGCCAAACGGCCAAAAAUGACAGGUUGUGGAAUGUGCCACUUUAUGAC